GACCAAUAGGAAGAGAGGAGGGGCGGGACCUCCGCGUCAUAAACACGUGUAACGGAAGUAGGAAAUAAAUACAGAGGAGUCUGGGUGCUACUGGAAAGAAGGCACCAUGCUGGAAGGCUACAGUCCUGUUAGACAGGCCCUGCUGGGGACCCUCUUCACCUGGGGACUCACCGCUGCUGGAGCCGCCUUGGUGUUUGUCUUCUCCAGCAGACAGAAGCGCAUCUUGGAUGGAAGUUUAGGAUUUGCAGCUGGGGUGAUGCUCGCUGCUUCUUAUUGGUCGUUGCUGGCGCCGGCGAUCGACAUGGCCGAGGAUUCUGGGAAGUACGGCUCUUUUGCCUUCGUCCCUGUGGCUGUGGGGUUCACGCUCGGAGCGGCGUUCGUCUACUUUGCUGACCUCGCCAUGCCCCUGCUGGGCGUAGGUGCAGACCCCCACAUUUCCUUGGCUCUGCCCCCCGAUAAUAAGCUGGACAAAGAGAAAGCAGACGAGUCGUCCUUCCAACACCUGGACUCUGACGAGAUGACCAUCAGGAUAGGUAGAGCUGGACCUCUCUCAGAUAAAAUAGAUAAUGGGGAUGUGUACCAGAGGAGGAGAGGACCUCACUCUGCCAGCUCAGACUUACAGGAAACUGGAAGUAAACAACAGGAAGAGGUCGGGCGGUCAGGAAGCAGCUGGAGACGGAUUGUUCUCCUCAUCCUCGCCAUCACCAUCCACAACAUUCCAGAGGGUUUGGCUGUGGGCGUUGCAUUUGGAGCGAUUGGAAAGACUUCAUCUGCUACCUUUGAAAGUGCCAGAAAUUUGGCCAUCGGUAUUGGCAUCCAGAAUUUCCCAGAAGGCUUGGCGGUGAGUCUGCCGCUCCGGGGUUCAGGGAUGUCAACGUGGAAAUCCUUCUGGUAUGGCCAGCUCAGCGGCAUGGUAGAGCCCAUUGCUGGGAUGCUGGGCGCCGUCGCUGUCGUCAUGGCAGAACCUCUGUUGCCGUACGCCUUGGCGUUCGCUGCCGGGGCAAUGGUGUACGUGGUGGUGGACGACAUCAUACCUGAGGCUCAAGUCAGUGGGAACGGGAAGCUGGCGUCCUGGACCUCCAUCGUGGGCUUCGUGGUGAUGAUGUCACUGGACGUGGGGCUGGGUUGAUGUCCCCGUGGCGCAGAGUCAACAGAACACUGGAUGGCUGUGAUGUCAUCACUGUGCUGCUGGCUGUAGUUUUUCUUUUUAAAAAGGGACCAAAUGAAGUGUUUUAUACCUGAAAUGCUGUUAAUCCGUUUCGUUUGAAUUGUUGCUUAUUUAAUUUAGCAGUGGAAAAAAAAAACACUAUUUUGUAAGGAUGGCCGUGUCUCAUUUUGGAAGGAAUUUAUAAUAAAUAUUUAAUGAAUAUUCUCAUGAUUUCAGCAUUUGUGGAUGUUUUCUCCUCUUCAGUUUUCAAAACUAAAUAUCUUAGAUGUAAAAGUUAAAAUAAUGUUGUUGUUUUUUUAUGGUUCACUCCGUCCUUUUUUUGUAUUUCCUCUUGAUGGCAAUACUUGAAGUUCUGAUGUUUAAUUUGGUAAUUUAUGGUUUAAUUUAGCUCAUUCUCUUCUGUAUCAUUGUGUUGUUUACAGCCCACACAUUUAGAACAAACAAGUGAAAGUGUCCUGUAAACAGAUGCAGUGCCUUCUUCCUGUUCCUCUGCUGCCCCCUGCUGGCCGGUCGGAGGAAUCACAUGUAGAGUGAUUAUUUAAACACUGAAGCUGAAUAACAAAGUAUUUCUGUAAUCAAACACCAUCAACAAUU